GACCUCCAGGAGCUGCUGCUCAAGAUGUUCCAGGAGAGCGACGACAACGGCAACGGGAGCCUGUCCUACGACGAGUUCUACCAGCUGAUGGAGGACGCGGACCUCGGGCUCAACCACAGCGAGCUCCAGCUGCUCAUGUCGGAGGCCGACGAGAACGACGACCAGGAGAUCAACUACAACGAGUUCAUGCCCGUG